AGCUUUUAUUGUCUCCUGUUACCAAACCAUAGAUUAUCACUCUUGUUUUUUCUCUCUCUCUUCUUUGGCAGUUUCUUAUAGCAACAUGUGUACUACUUCUAACUAGGUUUUUAUAAAACCUAGUUAUUGCUUCAACUGGUCUCGAUCGCUGGGAUUAUUUGGAGAUACCUCACUCGCACUGACUUUUUCUUCUGCAAAAACUUGUGCGUAUUAAGACUACAUUAGCAAAACUAGAAUAACGUAGAAACUCCGUAAUUUUAGAAUAGUCUUACACAGUACUGUAGUGAUAGCCAUUUUAAUUUUGGAUCCGCCUUUUCCUCACCUUUUCGACUUCAAAACAAUCAAAUAAUAUAAUACUAAGCUCAAUGCCAGGUUACAAAGCUACUUUCUUACAAGAACUACAAAGACGUCACCAGUGUCGUAUUUGCUCUCUCGCUCUUCGUGUACCGAUGCAAACCGAAUGUGGCCACCUGUUUUGUAAAGAAUGUGUCGAGCCGAUUUUCCGAGAGUCUCAGCCAUUGUGUCCGGUAGAUCAAGAACCAAUAUCAAGAGAGGAUACCUUCCCUGACAAUGCAUGCAAGAGAGAGAUCCUUGGACUCCUAGUCUAUUGUGAUCAUAGAGACUUGGGAUGUGACUGGACUGGAGAAUUGAAGAAACUAGAGGCCCAUCUUUUAGAUUGUAGGUAUAGAGAAAUACAAUGUACUCAAUGUGGUCAGCUAGUUCCAUGCGCUAAGCUAGAAAACCAUGAACGAAAUGAAUGCCCCAUGAGACCCUCAGUGUGUGAACAUUGUCUGAGUAAAGUACCCGUGGAACAGCUUGAGGCACAUAUCCAGAGGGUUUGCCCAAAAUAUUUAAGAUCAUGCCCAAAUAGCUGCAAUGAAAAGAAAUAUUUACUAUCAGAGCUACAACAACAUCUAGACAUGAAAACUGGUGACUGCCCACUUGAAAUAGUAGAAUGUCCCUAUUUCCCACUAGGCUGUCCAUUUAAACAUCCCAGAAAAGAGAUCGAGCAUCAUAUGAAAACUAAGAAGGUUUUCCAUACUCGCCUCCAUGUUGACACCACCGUAGCAUGUAAAAGGGAAGCUACCGAGACUAAGAAAAGAGCUGAAGAACUGAUAGGUAGGAUGAGUAUUAUAGAAACAAAGAGUGUAGCACUUGAUCGAAAGCUGAAGUCAUUGGAAAGUGAUAUUGAGAGAGCCAAAGGAUCUUCUGAAACUGAUAGGUUGAUAUUAAAGGUGAAUGCUUUAGAGGAAAAAGUCGCGAGACUACAAUACAGUGACAAGACUAACUUUUUCUCCCAUAGCCAUCAUGGUGGUGGACACUCCGUUCCUUCGUCACACUUGCUUCAACAAGUCGAUCAGCUUUAUAGUAAAGUAUCAGAAUUAGACACCACUGUAACACAGUGCAUCUCCAAUAGCAUGGAAACCGACAUGCGACUACAGUUUGUGGAGAGAGCUUCAUAUAAUGGGACGAUGCUUUGGAGGAUUGACAACUUCUCGCAGCACAAACAAGAGGCAAUUGAUGGUACUACUCUCUCGCUCUACUCUGUUCCUUUCUACACGAGCAAGCAGGGAUACAAGAUGUGUGCUCGUGUUUAUUUGAACGGAGACGGGCUAGGGAAGGGGACCCAUCUGAGUCUCUUCUUUGUGGUCAUGAGAGGUCCUUAUGAUGCUCUUCUUCCAUGGCCUUUCGAGCAGAAAGUCACCCUAGUUCUUCUGAAUCAGACUCCUGGAAAGAGAAAUAUAGUUGAUCAGUUUAGGCCUGAUCCUCAGUCUAGUUCAUUUCAGAGACCUGUCAAGAGAGAAAUGAACAUAGCCUCUGGUUGUCCUCGUUUUUGCAGGCUAGAACAGCUGAAAGAUGGCUACAUUAAAGACGAUUGCAUAUUUUUGGGCAUCAUUGUGGACACAAGCAAUCUUAAACUCCCAGUCUCAACAGCCUUCUAAGCCAAGGACAUAAGUCUAUAUUAACUAUGUAAUCAUCAAUCCACUCAUGUAUUCACAUAGGGCGCCUUCCAUCAUUGUGCUUAUUCAUUAUAUUAUUACAUUGUUGUAAUCGAGAAGAGAAAAGGUUUUUUAGAAUGUAUUGUUUUAAUUUUAACAAAAA